AUGGAGGAGGUCGUGUUAGCCGCUGAAGCAGAGGAGGCCGAUGAGGAGGCAGUACCUGCUAAGUCAGACUCGAGCGAGUCCGACGAUGGAAACGCGAGUGAAGCUGACGAGUGGAGCGACGAAGGGGAUGAAUGGUGGGCCCCUGGUCGCUAUGAGGGGGCAGAGGUAGAGGAGUGGGUGGCGGGUGACGAAGAUGAACCCCGGUACCAGGGCCUCGGAUUCGUUUUGGCGUAG